AUGACUUCGACGGUGACAAAAGUGGAAGCCAAGUUUGCUGCUCUUGUUUUCAAUGACUAUCUUGUUGCUCAGAUAGGCAAAGUUCCUGAUCUCCCUCAAGUUGGCAAUGUCACAGAUCGCGUUGUUAGAAUACUGGGAGGCAACCCUGGUAAGAUGCAACUGCAAGGCACGAACACAUAUCUCAUUGGAACGGGAAAAUCCAGGAUAUUAAUCGACACAGGUCAGGGUUGCCACCUUUGGGUCGAGAGCUUAGUCCGACAUUUGGAAGAGCACAGUCUGGAAAUCGCUCAUGUCCUCCUUACACAUUGGCACAAAGAUCACACUGGCGGGCUUCCGGAUUUGGUUGCUCAGUAUCCCAUGCUGGCUUCACAGACCUACAAGAAUUGUCCUGAUCUGGGUCAAUUGCCCAUCAAAGAUGGGCAGACUUUUAGCGUGGAAGGUGCGACUAUCGAGGCAGUAUUCACACCCGGACAUGCCGUCGAUCAUAUGUGCUUUAUUCUGCGGGAGGAACAGGCAAUGUUCACAGGCGACAACGUGCUCGGACAUGGCUACACCGUCAUUGAAGAUCUUGGUGCAUAUCUGACCUCUCUGCGAUACAUGGAGGAUCAACAAUGUCGAGCAGGUUAUCCAGGACAUGGUGCCAAACUCGACAAUCUUCCAUCCAAGAUCAAAAGUUGCAUUAACCGUGAGGAGCUUCGGCUAAAUCAAGUUUAUGCCAUCCUGGCGGAGAAAACUCUUUCCAGGACAGUCUAUCAACGAAAUCGGCCAAGCUUCACCAACAGAGAGCUGGUAACCUUUCUCUACGGAGAAGUUUCCGACGCGCUGUUUGAUAUGGCACUGGAGCCUUGCAUGAACCGAUGUUUAUGGAAGCUUGCCGAAGAUGGCAAGGCGGCAUUCAAGCUAAUCAGGGCAGGGAGGAGCUGGUAUGCCCGUGUUAUGAUGUGA